UAUAAGAUACGAUUGUAACACCUAGGCGGUGCUCCUCUCUCCGGGUAGGUCGCUAACAAUAGCAGCUAAAUAGCAGGGCAACCCCACCAGUUACGCUUCAGUCAUGUCUCCAAGAAAAUUUUUCGUAGGUGGAAACUGGAAGAUGAACGGCGAUAAGAAAAGCUUAGGCGAGCUCAUCCAUACUCUGAACACCGCCAAACUCAACCCCGACACUGAGGUGGUUUGUGGUGCGCCUGCAAUCUACCUUGACUUCGCCAGGUCAAAGCUGGAUGCCAAGAUUGGAGUUGCUGCACAGAACUGCUACAAAGUUGCCAAGGGCGCCUUCACCGGAGAGAUCAGCCCUGCGAUGAUCAAGGACUGCGGGGUGCAUUGGGUUAUCCUGGGGCACUCCGAGAGGCGCCACGUGUUUGGAGAAAGCGAUGAGCUCAUUGGACAGAAGGUGGCUCACGCUUUGGAGAAUGGUCUAGGUGUGAUUGCCUGCAUUGGGGAGAAGCUCGAUGAGAGGGAGGCAGGCAUCACCGAGAAGGUGGUCUUUGCACAGACCAAGGUCAUCGCAGACAACGUAAAGGACUGGAGCAAAGUGGUCCUUGCCUACGAACCUGUCUGGGCCAUUGGUACUGGCAAGACUGCCUCACCACAACAGGCCCAGGAGGUCCAUGACAAACUCAGGCAGUGGGUAAAGGCCAACAUCUCGGAGGAAGUGGCCAACUCUGUCAGAAUCAUCUACGGAGGUUCAGUGACUGGUGCUACUUGCAAGGAGCUGGGCUCCCAGAAGGAUGUGGACGGUUUCCUGGUGGGUGGAGCAUCCCUGAAGCCAGAAUUCAUUGAGAUCAUCAAUGCGCGUGCAUAAAAGGGAAGACGUGCACUGCUGUGGGGUCAGUUAUGUCAGCUGACCAGUCGCAGACCAACACAGCACUUAGACCCCACUCCUUUUUCCAGUGUUUGUGAUGUCAUUCUGUUUCCUUUUUUUUUUUUUUUUUGGUAUUUAAAGGGACAGAUUGAGACACACUGUACUGCACUUCAGUAGACGUGCACUGAAAAUGCAGUGUAUGGUAACCUCUGAAUCACUGCAAAAAAAACACUGCACUUAAUAAAAUGCCCUGAACAGGUACAUACGCACAUACUAAUGUGUGCAGUGUCGAUUUCGAGCAGUCAAUCAAAUUAAAUGUCCUUUUAAUAUAUAGGUGGCUCUUUGUGUAAUUGGUUGUAUUGUUGCUAUACCUUCCCUUUAGUACUGCAUGUCAUGAUCUCCCAUUGGCUAGUAUGCCAUGGGGGAGGGCUCCUCAUCACAUGUCAAUCAUGUCUUGGCCAAUCGGUGUUAGAGGUUAAGUCUGUAGGAGAAACAACAUUUUAAUAAACUGUUUAGAGACAAAAUGAA